AUGUUUGAGCAACUCGAUGCUGACAAGAGCGGCGACUUGAGCGAGCAAGAGUUUCAAAGCAUCUUCUCCGAGUUCUUCGUAUGCGUACAGCCCAUCUCCAUGACAGAGGGGAUGUCCAUCAGCAACGGGAAGAGUGUUGUGAAGUUGGAAGUUGGCAUGAUGGUGGAAGCCCUGGAGAUGCCCCAAUUCGACGAGGCUCAGAAGCUCACACGGCUACGCUGCCGGGUGAUUGAGGACUCCGUCAAGGAGGGCUGGGUCACGAUGAAGGGCAACCAAGGCAAAGUCUUCCUUUCCCGCCAGUCACCGCACAACACGGCCCUGAAAUCCUUCGCGAGGAGUUGGAGUGCUGCUUCCAAGCAGGUGGAGAAGGUCUUGGCCCACAUCAUCGCCAAGAGGAAGGAGCUGGCUUCCUGCAGUCAAGGACCGUUGGCGGAGGCUAGGGAGAAGCUGGAGCAGCUGAAGAGCAAGGUCCUUGCAUCGCAGAAGCAGUUAGGAGACCUCAGGAAAAAGGUGGAGGCAGCCAAGAAGGACUACGAAAAGUGUGCGGAGCAGGACCGGAAGGCCCGUGACCAGGCCCGGGAGAAGAAGCUCCUGGCCGUGGUGAACAAGGUGCUGGAUGAACAGGUCCAUGCCGCAGAGAGUGAGGCAGCGCGCCUCAAUGAGGCCUUGGCUCCUCUCGUACACCUAAAGUCCGAAGAAGAGGUCCUUACUGUGCCGACGUCGCUCCUCAAGGAAGGUGAGCAGAUGAACGUGCAGCUCAAAGAAAAGCUGCAAUCUGUGAGGACCGAAAUUGAGAAGCACGAGGUUCCCAAGGACAAAGGUUGUUCUGGACAGAUUCAGCAAGCUGUCGGCGCAGCAAAGUGGAAGGUUGACAAUAUGGAGAAGGAGACGGCCAAAGUGCUCCAGGCCGCUCGCGCGACGGCCUCCCGUGUGGCGGACGUGGCGCUCCAGGCAGCCCGCGCAGCCCUGAGGCGGGAGUGUGCUGGCAAGGAGACUGGCAUGGAUGCAGUUUUCGAUGCGAUGCGCGGAGACGCAGCUGGCAGUCAUGUCUCCCGAGAAGCCUUUCAGAGGUAUCUGGGAUCCUUGCCGGAGCCUCCUCUCAAGGAAGAGCAGGUGUCCCUGGUAUUCGAUAGCAUCCCCGGAAGUGAGGAAGGCAUUUCCAGAUGGAGCUUCCUGCGCAGCUUUCAGCAGUUCUUUGUGUGUCAGAAGUCGAUCGCACUGACGUUCGACUUUGUCAUCUCAAACUGCAAGCCGCUGCGCAUGCUGGCUACAGAUGAGGUCAUGGAAGUCCUGGAGGGACCGCAGACGGAUCCAAAGUUAGGGAUCACAAGAGUGAAGGGGAGAGUCCUGGAGCACAACGUGGUUGGUUGGGCCACUGUCUCUGGCAACCAGGGCUCAGUCUUCUUGAAGGAGAAGGCCAAACCCUUCAUGCAGUGCCUUACGGACCUGCCUUUGGAAUCCAACUUUGUGUCGUCAGGAGAAGCUCCCAUCCGGACGCUGAAGGCCGAGGAGGUCUUGGAAGUGUUAGAGGGGCCUCGGAAGGAAAGUAGUGAGCCUCGCAUACGCGCACGCUGCCGGGCCUGUUCGGAUGAUGCCCAGGGCUGGAUCACCCUCACGGGUGCAGCUGGGGCUCAUGCCGACCAGGGCAGGCAUAAGCACUUCACCUGCAAGACAGCCAUUGCGAUGACUGACAACCAGAAUAUCAAGACAUGCAAGGUCCUGAGAAAGCUGGAGGUCGGUGAAGUCGUCCGAGUUCUGGAAGGCCCAGAGAUCGACAAGGACUCCAGCGUGUCACGCAUCAAGGCGGUCGCGAGCAAGGACUCUUUGGAGGGAUGGGUGACCGUCAAGGGCAACGCUGGGACCGUGUACGCGGAGGAAGCUCCUUCACUGUACACCGUCCUGCACGAGGCGUCCGCUCUCGUCACACAGCUUAUGAUGUCCUCCCUGACCCUCAUUGAAAGUGCUCUCAUGAGCAGUGUUGUGGUGUUAACUUGCAUCCGGGAUGAGAAAGGUUGCGUGGGUGCUCAAUGCCUAGUCUGGUUCCUGAAUGAAUGCUCUGGACUCUGGGUGCAGAGCAUGGAUGCCUUUGGAGAAUAUGGCGGUGCUCCCGUCCGAACACUAGCCAAGGACGAGGCGAUUGAGGUCCUGGAGGGUCCCAAAGAGGAAGUGAUCGAAGCUAAGCAGCGGCUGAAGGGCCGGGCAUUGGCCGACGACACCGUUGGAUGGGUUAGCCUGAACAGCAAAAAGCUGAGACGGUGGAGCCCACAGUACCGGUGCAAGCAGAGUACGGUGCUGCAGGACACCUUAGCCACAAAGACCGCUGCUACGGUCCGAAGAGUAGAGGAGCUCAGCAUGAUUCGGGCAACAAGCACAGGCCAUAAGCCCUAA